CACGGACGCGUUGGUGGAAGCACAGAGAAAGAGAGAGCUACGAACCCUCUUCCUGAACUUUACCGCUUUCCUUUUUAUUUUACUUUAUCACUUUGCUUUAAACAACUUCUCGUAUACGUAACGCCAUGUCUGACGGAAAACUCGAAAAAAUGGAAAAGGACUAUAGUCCUCAGGUCGAUGCACUUUUGCCUGAGACUGAUGCACUUGUCAAGCAAGGAAAAUUACAAGAAGCUAUUGAUAAAUUGAUGGCAUUGGAAAAGCAAGCUCGUAAUGCUGCCGAUCCUAACUCGACUUCUCGCAUCCUCGUUCAAGUUGUCAAACUCUGCCGUGAGGCUCAAGAUUGGAAAUUGCUCAACGAAGAGAUUGUUCUUUUGUCAAAGAAGCACGGUCAAUUGAAAGCGGCUACCACCAAAAUGAUCCAAGAAGCAUUCUCAUAUCUCGAUAACACACCCAGCAUGGACAUCAAACUCGAACUGAUCGAUACAUUGCGAACAGUGACUGAGGGCAAGAUCUAUGUUGAAGUAGAGCGUGCACGCGUCACUCGUUUGUUGGCUCAAAUUCGUGAGGAGGAAGGCAAAAUCAAUGACGCUGCAGAUAUUCUUCAAGAGCUUCAGGUCGAGACAUUUGGCUCGAUGGAGAAGCGAGAAAAGACAGAUUUCAUCUUAGAACAGAUGCGAUUAUCCUUGGCCAAGCACGACUACGUACGAACGCAAAUUAUUUCGAAAAAGAUCAAUAACAAAUUCUUCCAAGAAAAAGAAAACGAGGAUUUGAAACUUCGUUUCUAUGAUCUGAUGAUUAAGCAUGCUCUUCACGAGGGUCAGUACUUGAACGUUCACAAAUUCUACAAGCAAAUCUAUGACUCUGAGUCUAUCCAGCAGGAUGAACCCAAGUGGAAGGAGGCUCUUCAAAACGCCGUUCUUUUCAUCGUUUUAUCACCCUACGACAACGAACAAUCGGAUCUGUUGCAUCGCAUCUUUGAAGACACCAAACUCGCUCAAAUUCCCCUCUACUACGAAUUGACAAAAUGCUUUGUAACGACUGAACUGAUGCGCUGGCCCAAGAUUGAAGAGGUCUAUGGCCAAACUUUGGGAGAAACCUUUGUGUUUUCUAAAUCGGCCGAAGAAGGACAAAAGCGAUGGAAGGAGCUUCACAAUCGAGUGAUUGAGCACAACAUUCGUGUUGUAGCCAAGUAUUAUACACGUGUCACAACCAAGCGAUUGAUGCAGCUGCUUGAUCUGAAUGAGCGGGACACUGAAGAGUUCUUGUCGAAAUUGGUUGUGUCCAAGACGAUCUAUGCCCGUGUUGACCGACCAGCAGGCAUCGUUUCAUUCCAAGUCAAGAAGGAUGCAAACCAGGUCUUGAAUGACUGGUCAAGCGACAUCAACUCAUUGUUAAACUUGGUGGAAAAGACUUGUCACUUGAUUUCCAAAGAGGAAAUGGUGCACAGCAUAGCUAAAGUCAAGUAGUGUCAUAAUUUCAACACUGUUUUCUUUUUGGUCAUCACACAUUAUCCUUUCAAUUCCAUAUACAGAAUAAACCCAAAAUAAACAUUUGCAAUCGUUGACU